UAAGUGCAAACGCACACAUGCUCGUCGUGUUGCUACUUUGUGUCUCACCAGUUGUCUGUCAGUUCUUCGACUGCCACGACGACCCCAGCUCCGACCCGGAGGAUGGUCCUCUCGACACGGUGCAGUUCACCUGGCUGGGAGCGCUACAGUAUAUUCAUGUAAAGAAUGGAACCCCUCACUACUUCCGAGUCCCUCGGGCUGUGCUGGUGAACCGACAGUUCGCGCUCUCCACCGCAGUAGAUGCAGCGUAUAUACCUGAAGGAUAUGCCCUUGGCAACAUAGUAUUCGGUGACUACGAGCGGGAUGAGGCGGAGUGUCAGGUGAGCACGGAGGACCUGGCGGCGGGCGCUGACUGCGAGCCGGCGGUCAUGCUGGUGCCGAUAGCUGAUGUGCUGCUGCACCCCGAGUUCAAGCACUUCGGAGUCAGAGACAGCAUCGCGCUGCUAAAGCUGAUCAUUAAUUUGAGGUCAGGCUACAUGGUCCCUGUUUGCCUUCCAUUCAAGGACUUCUUGAUUGGUAAAGACGGAAAGCAGACGACAGAGAAAAUAUUUCACAUAGACUUUGGGAGUGACGUACCAAGAGACUUUAUAGAGGAGGAAAAAGAAGUUACUCAUAUAAGGUUGCUGCCAAGAGAACUGUGUUUUCUGUACGAUAGUCCCAAUAUGAACAGAAGCAGCAUAGUGAAGAACCGUGUGGCCUGCUCUACUGGCUGCGGGUUCAGAUCUGGUUCACCGAGCUUGGUUCAUGAGCACACUGGACAUUGGUCAGUUGUGUCCAUCGCCCAAGGUGGUAGUGGUUGCGGCGACCCGCUGCGCCCGCGCCGGCCGCCCGCCCCUGCGCGUCAUACGCUGCUGCAUCCUUACGUGCCAUGGAUCACUGCCGCGAUCACUGGAAAACCCGUCGGAGCCUUCGUCAAAGACGAUCCCUUUGGUUACAUAACCCCCCGCGUCUCCCCCCACGACCUGGUGAACCACGGCUGGGUGGGUCACUGGUGGAUGGGGGGGCCGCGUUGCUACGAGCGGGGGGAUGCCGCGAUGAUCUUCUUCAAGUUCUACCACGAGGUCUUCCAGGUGCUGCCAUCUUCGAAGACCUACCUGAACUAUUAUUUGGAGAUAAAGGGUGCUAACGACAUGGCGAUCAUCUGCGUGAAGGUGGGCAUGCCGUUCCGCCUCGGCAAGCCCAAGGUGUGGCAGCUUGAUACUCCGGAAGUCAGGGUGUUGGUGCCGCUGAUCACGUUCCAGCACCUGUACAAGUUCGAGGUCCAGGCGUUCGGGUACAACACCACCGAGGUGGAUAGCUCUGAGAGUGAGAGUGAAAGUGACACGAGUGAGAGCCAGGAGGAGGACGCUAGGAGGGGUAGGGGAGAAUAG